AGAAAGUAUGAGGGUGUGAGGGCCUGGGAUGGGGAGGCCUAGAUGUUGAGCUGGUAGGUGGGCAAGUGGUUAGACAAAUUUAGGGAAGAGCACUCAACCAUGUCUCUACUUCUCACCCACAGGAAGUCAGGAGCUUCAACUAGGUUGAGAAUGGUUGCUAGGGUUGGUUUCCUUUCCCUCUCUGAGCCAUUCUUCUUUUGUCUCUUCUUCCAUGGGUUCUGCCUCCCACAUCUUUGCCCAUAAGGAGAUAGGCCAGGAGAACAGAGGCUUGUCUUCCCUGUGUACAUAUGUACACACAGAUCCAAAUUCAAAUAUACCUACACCAUUCACAUACACACUCCGACAGACAUGUGUAAAUACAAACACAAGAUGAGGUCCUCUGCCCAAGGUAUCAUGAAGGUUCAUGCCCUUAGCCCUACCCCAACCAAAGACUAGGGAUCAGGGAACAGGAUCAGACCAGUCUCUGAUGCUACAGAGUUAGGGAACGCUGAAUGACCCAUGACCAUAGUGAUGUGGAUUGUGGAGCAACAAUAGCAGACCGGAGCAUGCCGACCCUGGGAGUAAAGGGUGCACGGGAGCGGGACAAAAACAGUGCAUCUGGAGCUGGAGCUGGAGCUGGAGCUGGAGCUGGAGCUGGAGAGAAGCACAGGAAGGGCCCGAGGACUACAGACCCUCCGAAGACAGGCUGGGCAUUGACUAAGCAGAGGCUGGUAGCCUUGUCCCCUACACUACGCCAACGCCACCUGCUCUUUGGCGACUUUCUUGACGACAUAGGCAAGGUGGCCUCCAUGUUUCCACGCGAGUCGGUGGAGUUACCCUACGACAUGCCUGACCCGCGCACCUGGUCACAGGCAUUAAAUCUACCAUCUGAGCAUCAAAAUCGGUUUCUGGGCCUUAUUAAGGCCGCGGAAGCCCGGGGCCGAGUCCAUACCCUGCGGUUGCGCUACACCCGAAUGCGGGCAGAGGAAAUCUCUUUGCUGAUCCAGAAGCAGAGCUCCGCGCGCGCUGCCAUCCGACUGGAACUGUUCCUACCACCCCAACUGAAGCCCACAAAGAUCCCUGAUCCUCUGGACCGACACGAGGUGUGGGGAACCCCGGAGACGGGUGGGAGGGUUCCGUGCCUCGCCACACAUUGGCUCCAGCCUCUCUCUCUGCAGCGGAGGCGUGUUGAGACAAUCCUGGAAGAGGAGGUAGAUGGCAACAUCUUCCCCCGAUGACUGAGACCUUGGCGUUCAGAGACCCUACGGUUACAGCAGCUCCCCACCCUCUCAUAUAAAGUUCUCUUCCAAGGGUU